GUUAGGGCAUUGUUUAGGGUUAUGUGCAAGCAUCGCAAAAAUGCAGGAUCAUAUUCUGGGUUUUCGAGAAAAUUUCUUCCAACAGCAGAAUGGCACGAUGACAAUAGACCAGUGGUAUAUCUUUGUUGUAGUAGUGAUACGUGCCAGCAUUGACAAAGAGAGUAGCAACGCAUGGACAGCCUACCACCAAGCAUUCCAAUAGCUAAUCUGGUGGGUGGCGGCGAUUGGUCCAGAUCGUUGUGUCUCUGUUAAGGAGAAGGCGGUUGAGUUGUACGGUAGUGGCUGACAGGCCAAAGAGAAAGAAUAGAGAGAGAAAGGCGCUGUGUUUGUCAGUUGGUUGGUUAGUGAGAGAGAGGGACAAGUGGAUUUGUUGGAGUGGAGGGAGAACUUUCGAAACGUUCAGUCGAGGAGCAUUCUUCCUGGUGGCCGAGCAACAGCUAUACGAUUGAUCAACCCGUUGAUGGCCCUGGGAAAACGCUGCUCAAGAAGUUUCCUGUGCUAUAAUCCUUGUAGUGUUGGAGAGAGGCUUAGCAUUGGAGAUUGAUAUCCUACUCGACAUUUUCUCUGAACGAAUCCACAAAGUCAAGGCAAGGUUCUUGGUAGUGUCGAAAGAAUCUUCUGAUCUAGCUUGGAAACAGCGCUCUGGAGAGGAAAGUGUUCCUGUUAGCAAGGAGGUCAUCCAGAAGUCUCCUUUGCCUGAUGCUGCUGUGCUUGCUUGGCUGACUGAGUGACUACCAACCAGCAAGCCACCACGAGAAUCGAGCUGCCCCUUCCAGCAAGAAGCAGGGCCUUAACGGCUUGCUUAUGGCGGACAAAUUAUCUUCUCCAUCGUCUUCCUCUAACAGUGGUAGCAACCAUACACCUCCCAAAAACGGUCCGUCUCGCGAUGAUGAUGGAUACCUCGUCAUUCGGAAACAACCACCCAUAUUUGCAUUUCUGGAUGAACCCAUUGACGUAUUGGUCGGAUUGGAAGUCGCCCGACUAACGGGGGAUUCACCAGCAGGCAGUGAAGUAGAACUUACUGCCUCGGUUCGGAUACAGCAGAGAGGAGAUGCUGGUGGAGGGGAUCGAAAACACGCGCAUGUGGCACAUGCUUCCGUGGCGCUCUUGAACCAACCAAAUACCGUGACAACCAACAGUAAACCCUGCCGGCUAAGAUGCAAGAUUCGUAUGAGAGAGUCUCUUCGUCGGGAUAUUCCUGUUUACUGCUUGAUAUCCAUUGGAGCACGAGAUCCAAGUCACGGGGUUGCACCAGUAACAACCAUUCCUAUUCAGCUGGUCAAUUACAAGCUACGCAUUGCUAUAGAUUCCAAUUGGAGCAACAUUUGGUACAAGGAUGAAGGUGGUCGGGACAAGUCCAUGGAGGCCGUGGCAGAAUUAUACAGCAAAGAAAAUGCACAACAUCGCGAGCGAGUUCCACUUCGACUCACUCUAUACUAUGCAUCUACAACCGAAGGAGUGGACCCCGUAAAAGUGACGAAUCAGGAGAUCUUACGGUCUCUGGGGAGCUCUUCCAAACUAUACACGGACAAGUCGGCUGGUAAAGCUACCAUUCGGUUCCGUAUUGAAGAUGUUUCCAAGAAUCAUCAGGGGCAAGACUUUUUACUGCAAAUAGCUCCAGACUACCGGAAAGGCUUUCACGAUGUUGCUCCUGGAUUCACACCAUCAGUAUCAGUCCGAUCAAAACGCAACAAACGGCAGCGAGGAUCCAGCAGCAUUACAUCAGGGAGAGCUGAGAAGCGAGGCGCAAGUCCAGUGCAGCAUGGAGACACGGCGACAAGUGGACGGCCAUUUGGUGAACACUCGCAACGUAGCGUCUGGGGCCCUGAGGGUCUCACAACCACAGAUCCAACACGAUUGCGAGAAGCUAUGCAAGGCAUUGUUCAUUGGACGGAAGAAGUUGUGAAUGGGCUCUAUCCGCUGCAGUGGCAGAUUCUAGGAUAUGCACAACACCCAGAUGGCACCCCUGACUACACUCGACCGCACUACAGCAUGAACAACCCCAACGCUUUGAUCUCCCGAGUAUUGGCCAUGUAUUCCGAGUCGACAAGGGAGAACCUCUGGAUUUUGUCACAGGCUGUGGAGCAAGCGGGGGGUAGUAGCCAAAUGCAGCCGCCGGGAAAUAGAGAUGCAUACGGGCGUCGUUCUCCGGAUGACUCGUAUUCGGUUCCUUCGGCCCAUUCGUCGCAUCGAGGGCCUCCACAACCUCCGGCAAUGCCACCCCCUCACGGCACACCGCCAGUGCUGCUGCCGGCGCAACAAGCCGCAGCCAUGGCGCAGGUAUCGGUGCAAAGUGGUAUGCAUCCAUCCAUUGCUUCAGAAGCCUUUCGACCAAAGCCACGAGAGCAUCAUCGUCACCACCCUCACCAGCCAGCACAGCCGCAUCAUCUCAUGCCGUUCACCAGCCCACCGCCUCCGGGACGUGCGGGGCCGCAUGGUCUCGCUCCUCAACAACACGGCAUGCCACAACAGUUUUAUCGGCGUCCCAUGCCAACACAAACCCGGCGUUUGGAGGAACAGGACUCGAGUUUGCUGCCAGAGCCAUACCCUCCACCUCCCAUCCGAGCUGGUGUUGCUGCGUCACCUCCCGAAUCGAAUCGGAUGGCGAGGCAGGGUUCGUUUGAGGAAUCUGGAUCCACUGAUCAUCAGAGCCGCGAGUCGGAAGUGGAAUAUGUGCUGGCGAAAGAGUACAAGGCUUUACGGACGGGGGAGCGACUGGGCUUUCCAGCUUACUCGACGAGCCGGGAGAUUCUUGGAUUCUAUCGAGAGUCUCGAUCCAAAGUGGGCGUGGGCGAGUUCACUCCAAUCUCGCAGCACUCGCAAGACUUUGGGCCACUGGAAAUCAUGCAGGCAUCCGAGAUUCUUGGCGAAGCCAUUGCCAAGAAGAGCAGCGCUGUGCAUGCUCUCAAGGACUGGGGAACCAUUGCCAAUCUGAUUGACCAUGCGCUUGUCUAUGAUUGGACCAAAGACAUUGGCUCUUCCGGUGGAACUGGCAAUUCCCAUUCUGGAUCUGAGGGUGAAUAGAGAGCGCGACUACUGCCACUAUCAAGGCUGAACCUACAAUGCAGACACUAUCAUGCGGGGAAACUCAAACUAUUAAAAGGGUAUCAUAUGAAGCUGGGACCACUUGUUUGUCGCCUCGAAGAAAGAGGGAGACGUGUAGCCAAGCAACGGAACAUAUGGAGUUCCAGGCUGCAACAAUUCCAUAACAAUAGGCAGACAACUACUUAUACCAACAUUUAUAGAUUAAACACAUAAACCAACCAAACACAUUUUC